AUACAGAGAAAACAGGGUCUCGCGGAGAAGGAGCAGGAGGAGGAGGGCGUGGCCGGAGUUAUGACGCCCUGUGUUUAUGUCAAGCCGAGAAACAAGCAGUCAUUACGACCGUCAGACCUUCAAACCGUGGACAGAAAACGUGCAACGUAGUGUCACCCCUGCCCAGGUGCCAUGGUCCUCUGUUACACAUGAGCUCUACGAUGUGGUACAUCAUGCAAAGCAUUCAAAGUAAAUAUUCCCUGUCCGAGAGGCUCAUCCGCACCAUCGCAGCCAUCCGCUCAUUCCCACACGACAAUGUGGAGGAUCUCAUUCGAAAGGGAGCUGAUGUGAACCGGAUGCAUGGCACACUUAAGCCCCUACACUGUGCAUGCAUGGUCGCAGAUGCCGACUGUGUGGAGCUGCUGCUGGAGAAGGGGGCAGAGGUUAAUGCUUUGGAUGGAUACAACCGCACAGCACUGCACUAUGCAGCAGAGAAGGAUGAGAGCUGUGUGGAGCUACUGUUGGAGUAUGGGGCCCUGCCAAAUGCACUGGAUGGCAACAAGGACACUCCCCUUCACUGGGCUGCCUUCAAGGAUAACCCAGAGUGUGUGCGGGCCCUGCUUGAGAGCGGGGCCUGUCCCAAUGUCCAAGACUACAACAAUGACACUCCCUUGAGCUGGGCAGCAAUGAAAGGCAACCUAGAAAGCGUCAAAGUGCUUUUAGACUAUGGAGCAUUGGUGCACGUGACUAACCUGAAGGGCCAGACCCCAAUCUCCCGAUUGGUGGCCCUCUUGGCCCGGGGUCUGGGCACUGAACAGGAGGAGGAGUGCCUUGAUCUGCUUUGCAGGGCAGCGGGCCGGUUUGAAAUCCGACGGGCUGACGGCACCCUUCCCAGGGAGCUGAGUAAAGAUCCGCAGCUGCUGGCAAGGCUGACAAACAUGGUAGCUCAGGCUCCUACACUGCGCUCCCUGGCACGCUGCUCUGUCCGGCAGAGUCUCGGAGUGCAGUUCCUCCCGACUGCUGUAAAAGAGCUUCCUUUACCAGAGACAAUCAAAGACUAUCUUCUGCUGAGGGACUGAGGUUAAACCACUGGCUGAUCAUUACAGACGACUCAUCACACAUGUAUUGACAAGGUGUCUUUAUUUAAUUAUAUACAGUGGCUGUCGUUUAACAAAUUAUUUUAAUUUUAAUUAUCUAGUGCACAACAUCUAAAUGGGCUAUUAUUUAAUCAUGUUCGGCUGUGGGCUGUGCCAUUCUCGGCAUGUUGUUGUGUAUCUCAUGUCCCGUUAAAAGAAAGUCUUUGUAUACAGUGCAGAAUAUAAGUCUAACAUCGGGCUAAUUCCUGUAAUGAUGGGCCUCAUGUCGGGCUUGAACUACAUGAAGCUAAGUGUGUCCCAUCACCCACCCUUUCUUCAAAAUGUUCUUUCAGAGCAUCUUUGAAGUUUUAAGUGGGUCUGUUUAUUUUUUUUGUGUGCAGAAUCCACAAGUAUUGAAUAUUAACUUUUAUAACUUAGAUAUGAAGAAAGAAAUUAUUAAAUUAAAGAGUGGAUAAAAUAAAUCUUGAGUUUGGUGGUAAAAUGUGGAUGUAAGAAUAUAUUUACUUUUUAACAAGUCUUGUUUAUGUAAAUGAGGGCUAAUGUCUAAUAAUGCUGGCUGUCCAGUGUCUCAGAGGGUUUAGAUCCUGAAAUAGUACUGAGAAUAAAAUGUUGAGUAGUUUGGUUCAUGGUACUCUGUGAAGUGCCAGUGAACUAGUAAAAUCAACGGGCAAAUAAUAUAAUUUGACCAGAUAUGAAAAUAUCAGUUUAAUUUAUCAUAGAGAAGCCAAGUAUCAAUAUCACUCACAAGAUUAUGAACUCCUGCUUUGAAGCCACAAGAUUCGUGAUUGAACAGGUGCCAUGUUUUUCUGCCAGUCGUUUACAGAUGUUGCUUCCAGCCAAUUCACACUGGUGUCCACUCAUGUGUGUCAUGCUUUAGUGUUUAGUGGGAACAUAAUUUAUAAAAUUGACAUCAUGUUCCAUGGAAGACCUGAAAGUAGGGAGACUGUCUACAUUUUAUAUACAGUCUAUGGCAGAAGCAAAAAAAGUGCUAGAAUAUGGUGAUUAGAUUCAGAUUGAUUUUACAGAAUGUGCCCAGGACACUUCUCCUUCCUGAUAGUUUACUGAAAAUGCAAAUUUUUGAUAAAAGUGAGGCACAAUGUUGUAUGUGAUUUUUUUGUUUAUUUUGGGCUCUGUUUUAAUAAAGGGUGCAGUUGCGGCUCUCGAAUGUUUCCAGUCUUGUAGAUGUUUGGGUUUUCAAGGGUGUUUUCAGGUCCAACAUUUUGCAGCAUAUGUUUAAAAGUUAUUUUUAAAUGAAAUGUUUGAAUGUUCUAACCAUGAAUUAGCAUGAUUAAGUUGUUAUGUCCAUGAAAACUUUACUAAGUAUCCUUGCUUGAUUUAGUUUUGAUUGUUCUGCACAUGUAUAAGAAUUAAUCCCUUAGAUGUCUUGUGUACACCUGCUAAUGUGCUUUUUUUCUUUGUCAAUGUAAUGCAAGUAAAUGCCUUUAUAUUCCA